AUGGAUUCGUCAAAUUCUCUGAAUUCGUACGACAAUAUGAGUCUAGACGAUAUCAUAAUAGCAGAGUAUACUGACGAGUAUGAUGAUCAAUAUUUCAAAGAUUUCAUGGAUGGGGGUAGUUCAACAAGGCGAGGAAGAAAGAGAGCCCACAUUGAUAGGGGUCAUGUAGAAGGAUACCAACGUUUAUUCGAUGACUACUUUUCUGAUGAAUCGUUUGAUGCAGUCGGUAGAAGAGGGCUUUCGCCAUUACAGAAGUGCACCGCUGCUAUACGAAUGCUGGCAUACGGAGAGCCUGCCGAUUACGUUGAUGAGUAUGUUUGA